UCAUUGAGGGAGAAAAAAGCAAUUCGUGAUGUGAAGAACUUUCAUGAAAGCCUUGGUGUGGUCUUUUUUUACGGUUUGUCUUGGGAAAAGCGAAGUCGAGGGACUCGGCUCCCUUUCACGAGUACCAACCCCGAUGGGAGCGUGUACGGAGAGAUAAGUCCCGAUGACCCAAUUAACUUGGAAGCCGGUGUGGAGCCGGGAGAAGGCAGGUGGAACGGCGGGCGGCUACUGGAAAGAGAGGCGUGGAGUGAGAAGAGGCCCCCCUCUUGCCCCCACCAGCGGCCGGCCCUCUCUAUAAAACGGCCCAGAGGCCAAAACGCCCAGUAUUCCAAAAUUGCCGCUGGGAGGAUGUUCACCACCAGGCUGUUCGAGUUGAUGGCCCAUUGGGUCGACACGCGGUCCUUCCUCGUCUUCGCCCUGGUGCUGGUCGUGGCCCGGUUGGCGAUCGCCUUCGCCCUCAGGAUGUCACGUCUUCCCCCCGGCCCUUGGGGGCUCCCUUUUGUCGGAUAUUUGCCUUUCCUGAAGGCCGACGCUCACAUCCAGUUUGAACGGCUCGCCAAAAAAUACGGCGGUGUCUUCAGCCUCAAGCUGGGAAAUCAGUUCGUGGUCGUUUUGAGUGAUUACAAGAUCAUCAGGGACACCUUCAAAAGAGACGACUGCACUGGCAGACCCCACACCGAAUUCUCGACGAUUCUGCAAGGAUACGGGAUCGUUAACAGUGACGGCAAACUUUGGAAAGACCAGAGGAAGUUUCUACACGAGAAGCUUAGAAAAUUCGGUAUGAACUACUCCGGCCAAGGGAAAUAUCAGAUGGCGGCCAGAAUCAUGAAAGAAGUCGAGUUCUUCCUCCGAUCUCUUGUCAAGGAGAAACACACGGACACGGACUUGAACCCGAUCUUGUGCACGUCGAUCAGCAACGUAGUCUGCACGUUGCUGAUGAGCGUCAGAUUCGAUCAGAAAGAUGCGCAGUUCCAGCGCUUCAUGCAGUUGUUCGAGGAGGGCUUCCGCCUCUUCGGCUCUCUCAGCUACGCCAACUUUUUCCCUAUAAUGCGCUACCUCCCUGGCCUUCAGACCGUCAAAAAGAAAAUUGAAAAGAAUCGAAAUGAGACUGCAGCGUUUUUCCAGCAGAAGGUCGACUCGCACAGAGAGUCUUUCGACCGGGGCAACAUACGGGAUCUACUUGACAAUUAUCUCCUGGAGAUCGAGGACGCCAAGGAGGCCGGGAACGACAGCGAACUUUUCGAAGGGAAGCAGCACGACAGGCAGCUGCAACAAAUCAUCGCCGAUAUCUUUACCGCCGGGAUGGAAUCGACAAAGACGACGCUUCUCUGGAGCAUAAUCUACAUGCUUCACGAGCCCGAGGUUGCGAAAAAAGUGCAGAAAGAGCUCGACGACGUCGUCGGACGGCACCGGCUACCGGGUCUCGAGGAUCGGCCGUUCCUCCCCUACACGGAAGCCGCGAUCCUGGAAACCCUCAGACUGUCCAGCGUCGUACCCCUCGGAACUACACACUCUCCAAAAAAAGACAUUAAAUUGGAAGGAUACACGAUUCCGGCAAAUUCGCACGUGAUUCCACUCUUGUACGCUGUUCACAUGGACCCAAAUCUCUGGGACGAACCGGAAGCCUUCAAGCCUGAAAGAUUUCUCACAGCCGAGAACAAAAUCUUCUGUCCUGACUACUUCCUUCCAUUUGGAGUCGGAAGGCGCAUGUGUCUGGGAGCGGUACUCGCGAGGCUGGAACUGUUCCAGUUCUUCGCCAGUUUCAUGCACACGUUUCACGCGAGGGUGCCGGAGGACUGUCCGCCGCCCAGUUUGAGGCCGAACAUCGGAGUCACCCUGACGCCCGAACACUUCAGAGUCAGCCUGACGCAACGGCCGCUCCAGGAUUCCAGCCUGGAAUUCCUGAAUUCGGCCCCGGGGGUGCGGAGCGUCGGAGCCCACUAAAACCCGCGACAAUCGCCCAACCAUCGUUCCUCGUUCCGACAAACACAUUGAAUUCGGAUUUUGUUUUUAGACGUUUUUUUAGAAUUUUUAGAUUCGAGUCGAAAAGACUGAUUUGUUUUGUUAUUGUUUGAUUUGAUCCGGUGGUCAAAGCUCAAAUCAAUUUAUCGAAAGCUAUUAUCUGGAAUUGUGUUGCACAAUAUACCUCCACGUCAAUAUUUUUUUAAGUCGUCAUCAAUCAGCUAAAGUGCCAUAUCGUUAAGCGUCUUUUUCUGAGACAUUCCUUGAAUUUUGUGUUCAUCGUCUUAUUUAUUUAGACUUCGGCUGUGUACUCUUAGAUAAUAAGCCUGGUCUUUUGUGUUCAUUUGUCUUGUCAAACGAUUUUUUUUUCUCAUGUGUUCUUGAUGUUGGUUCCUGUCUCUAGUCAUAAUUUAAACUUCAGGGUCCGCGGAUGGGGCAACGUUACGCUCGCUCCUAGCCCGAUGCCCAUUUGGCAACGGACGUCUCUAACCAGACCCUCUUCGGAUUUUGCUCUGCAGUUUUACCAACACAGGCAUGACCCAUUUUGAAUAAAAUAUGUUUUUUUAUUAUUGUAUAAAUUAUUUUAUUAAGACGAGAUUACGUCUCAUGUAUACGAACGUUUUUAUAUUUCUUUUUUUAAUAAAAAAGUAAACUUUA